GUUUGUUUUCAUCUUUAACAAAAUAUAUUUUAUAUUUUCCAGUUACAGUGCUAUCAAAGCUUACAAGAAGGAAGGCAAGCUGGAAAGUCUCAGUGCAACCGAACACCUAGUGUCAGCUGCAGAGGCUGGAGCCAUGACUCUCUGUAUUACGAACCCAAUAUGGGUAACGAAGACACGACUUGUGCUACAGUACAACGCUGGUGUUGAUCCAUCCACGCGGCAGUACAGCGGAAUGUUUGAUGCUCUUAUAAAGAUAUACAGGACAGAGGGCAUACGUGGCUUAUAUAAGGGAUUUGUGCCUGGUCUCUUUGGAACUUCACAUGGAGCACUUCAGUUCAUGGCAUAUGAGGAUUUGAAACUGAGAUACAACAAAUAUAGAAACAGAGUAUCAGAUACAAAAUUGAACACCGUGGAAUACAUAACGAUGGCAGCUGUAUCCAAAAUAUUCGCUGUGUCAGCAACAUAUCCCUAUCAAGUUGUGCGAGCUCGUCUUCAAGACCAGCAUAAUACAUAUUCUGGUGUGUUUGAUGUGAUCAGCAGGACGUGGAGGAAAGAAGGAAUUCAUGGAUUUUACAAAGGAAUUAUCCCCAAUGUGAUCAGAGUGACUCCUGCCUGCUGUAUCACCUUCGUUGUUUAUGAAAAUGUGUCUGGUUUUCUACUUGGCUUUAGAAAAGAAAAUAAUUAAAGGUACGAGCUUGUGUUCAUAAGGAAUCUAGCCUUUAUUUUUUUAUAUUUAUGAUCUGGGAGAGGUUUAGUUCAGGAGCCUCUUUUGACACUGUGAAUUGCUGUAGUAUUUUGAGGGAAGAACCUGGAGGUAGUAAAACCCUGCCAACAUCCCCUCUGCUGAAUGUUCCUGCGGUGCUGCCUUCUUCUCUGCAUCAGCUGUGUCUGCUUGAAACAGAUAUCUGCAACUGUGAAAUAGUAACAGCACUGUGAUUGGGUGAAAGCAGCUGUGCAGCAGUUCAGUUCAUCCUGGCCUGCCUGGAAUAAUGGACUAAUCUGUUUUGACAAGUCUC